AUGGGUGUGCUGUUGCUCGAAGUAACGAAGCAAAAGCAAUGGGCAUUAAAAUGGAUCAAAGAUGUAGUUCAGAAAAACCAUGUUCAAGUGCUCUCAAGCAACUAUGCGAUAUAUGCUGAAAUGUCGCGUCGAUUUCACUCAAUCUUAGCCGGGUAUGUUGCACCACACGAGCAAGAGAUCUAUUCAAUUGAUGAAUGUUUUCUCGAUCUCACAAGCUUUAAACACAACUAUAAUCUUGUGGAGUAUUGCCAAGGCAUGCGCGAGCGCAUUCAAGAAUGGAUCGGAUUGCCAGUCUCCAUUGGAAUUGGCCGUAGUAAAACCGAGGCUAAAAUUGGCAACCAUAUGGCUAAGAAAGGAAAGCGAUUUAAUGGGGUGUGCGAUCUAGCAACCAUGGAUCCGAAAUACCGUGAUUACUUUUGGUCAUUAGUAGAAGUUGGUGAAGUUUGGGGCGUGGGUAGAAAGCAGAAUAAAAAAUUGAAUGAUAUGGGGAUAAAAACUGUUUUAGAACUAUCCAAAGCUAAUCCACCUAUCAUGGGCAAAAUGUUCACAGGCAUUUCUUGCAUGCCCAUCGAUGACCAACCGAAGCCUAAGCAGCAGAUCGUUGCAAGCAGAUCAUUUGGCGUGAAAAUCACAGAGCUGCAGGACUUGAAAGAAGCAAUGGCUAAAAAAUGGUCAAUGAGUCGGGAUAUGCUGUCUAAGAAUUACUUUACUAAGAAUGGGAUGAUUAAGAUUUCGCACAUCAAAUUCGACUUGAUGGUAAUGAUGCUGCACAUGAUGGCAGUACAGCACAAGUUGAAGCAGAAGACUUAA